AUGAAAAUAGACGACGAAGAGAGAGAGAAAGAACGCCAAGAAGAGGAGGAGAGACGAUUGGAAGAAAGUCGACUUCAAGACAGACGUCUCGAGGAGAGACGAUUACAAGACAGACGACUUCAAGACAGACGGCUUCAAGACAGACGUCUCGAGGAGAGACGAUUACAAGACAGACGUCUCGAGGAGAAACGAUUACAAGACAGACGUCUCGAGGAGAGACGAUUGCAAGACAGACGUCUCGAGGAGAAACGAUUACAAGACAGACGACUUCAAGAAAGACACCAAGAAGAUCGACGAGCUGAAGAGCGCCGAGCCGAGCAACGACGAGCUGAAGAACGACGAGCUGAAGAGCGACGGGCUGAAGAACGUCGAGCCGAGGAACGACGGGCUGACGAACGAAGAGCUGAGGAACGGCGAGCCGAAGAGCGUCGCCGUCACUAUUGA